UAACACGAAUUAAAAAUCUGAUGUUAGUGCAAUAAAUUCACGAUGUCCAUCGUCAAGCCGAAAAGGCCAAAAAAAAAAAAAAAAAAAAAGGUAGUAGAGUAGCAAUGGAAUUGCUACAGAAGAAAUGAAAUGAGUGAGAAUCAUGUGAUCCACCAGCACCACUCUUCUCUCUCAAUCUCUCUUUGUCUCUAAAUCCCAAAAAAAGAAAGAACAACAAAGCAAAAGACCACAAAUAAAUUGGCCAUUUGUUGUUUUCUUCUGUAUCUGCUUUGUUUUUUUGUGUGUUUCAAUGGCUUCAAGUGCUUCAAGGUUUAUCAAGUGUGUAACAGUUGGAGAUGGAGCUGUUGGCAAGACUUGCAUGCUUAUUUGCUAUACAAGUAACAAGUUCCCCACUGAUUACAUACCAACAGUUUUUGAUAAUUUCAGUGCAAACGUUGUAGUUGAAGGCACAACUGUGAACUUAGGCCUUUGGGACACGGCUGGACAAGAGGAUUACAAUAGAUUAAGGCCGUUGAGCUACAGAGGGGCAGAUGUCUUUGUCUUAGCUUUCUCAUUAGUUAGUCGAGCAAGCUACGAGAAUGUACUAAAAAAGUGGAUCACUGAACUUCAACAUUAUGCCCCUAGUGUUCCUGUGGUUCUGGUUGGUACCAAAUUGGAUCUUCGUGAGGAUAAACAUUAUCUGGCUGAUCAUCCUGGCUUGCUGCCUGUUAGCACUGCACAGCAGGGUGAGGAACUCCGCAAACAGAUUGGCGCUGCUUAUUACAUUGAGUGCAGCUCAAAAACUCAACAGAAUGUAAAAGCAGUUUUUGAUGCUGCAAUCAAGGUUGUCAUCAAGCCUCCCCAGAAACAGGAGAAGAAGAAAAAGCCAAGUCGAGGAUGUCUAAUAAACGUUUUCUGCGGAAGGAACCUUGCGCAUCUUAAAUGAAACAGAUUACCUUCAACUCAAAUGCUCCUGGUACGAUAAUUCCAAUGCGUCAACUAGAGAUUCUUGAAGUCAUCACGAUCAAGUGAGUUUACUUUGAUGCAACGGUUUUAAUAGAUUACAAGCAUAGUCCUCCCUGAAAGUCACUUUAUGGUUGUUUCCGUUUCUAAUCUUACAGUCUAAUUAUUGUAAAAGAAUAUAUUCGGCUGCUAAUUUACUAUCUUGAUUUCUUGUAAAGAGUCAAAGCUCAGUGGCUUCGUUACAAGUAGAUAAAUCUUUUAGGAUGCAUGAAAAAAGAAGUCUGGUUUGAGUUUUCUCUUGCAGAAAAAUAUCUACAGCUUUCCUAAGUAUAUUCUAUAUUCUUGUUUUGUUUUGUUUCUUGUACCGACUUGGUAGAUUGUAUUGUAUAAUUUUCCAAUUAUGGCAUAGUCGUUUUCAGUUCAAUAACCAUGAAACUAUGAGAUGACAGUUUUUGCUGCCCUUGGAACGGCAUUAUUCAGGCCCCUAAUUAAAGCUUAAGUGACCUGUAUAAAUGCCAUUGGCCUUUUUUC